UUAUAUCAAAUCAACGAAUACACAAGUGUCAAGUCCUAGGCCACUACGUCUCUCAUUGUUCCAUCAUAAGCCAGACCAAAAGUCACGUCACCCAAUACGUACCUAAUUCGCGCGCGUCAACGAGUGUUAAAAAUGGAUUCCGAAACUGAAAUAAGUGACACUGAUUAUGACAACACAGUGCCAUUGGAAAUUAUCGAAGCGGCAAAAAUUGUGGCUUUAAAUUUACUACCGGACGCAUCUCGGAGGAAAUAUACUAAAAUGUAUAAUGUCUUUAAAAAGUGGCGUGCUUCUAAAAAAACCAAAUCAUUUUCGGAAGAUGUUCUUCUGGUUUAUUUUGCUGAACUUGCACAAAAUCUCGCAUCACCAACUCUAUGGUCACACUAUUCAAUGUUAUAAGCUACGAUGAAAGCGUACGAUAAUAUUGACAUUAGCAAAUACCACAAAUUGAUCGCUUACUUGAAGAAAAAAAAUGCUGGAUACAAAUCCAAGAAAGCUAAGGUUUUCACGUCAACUGAUAUCUCCAAAUUCUGCAAUGAUGCUCCAGAUAAUCAAUGGCUAAUAACGAAGGUAGCUCUUGUCAUUGGAAUUUCCGGUGCGUGUAGACGUGAGGAGUUGUCUGCCAUGACAGUAAAGGAUAUAGAGGAUCACAAUACGUUCCUUUUUAUUCGUGUACCAAAGACAAAAACUAAAAUCGAACGAUCUUUUACGGUUCUUGGGAAGUUCUACAAUAUAUGUAAAACAUACAUGCAAAAACGACCAGCUGAUACCAAGACCGGUCGAUUCUUUUUGUGCUUUAGAAAUGGAAAAUGUAAUCAACAACCAAUCGGCAUUAAUACACUCGGAAGUAUACCUAAACAGGUAGCAACAUUUUCAAAUUUGCCCGAUCCUGAACUUUACACUGGUCACAGUUUCCGGCGGACAUCUGCGACACUACUUGUUGAUGCUGGAGCCGAUAUUACGACACUUAAACGGCACGGGGGCUGGAAAUCUAAUGCAAUUGCGGAAGGUUAUAUUGAAAAUUCUCUGACGAACAAAAAGAAAAUCGGUCAACAGAUAAUAAGCUCUAUUGCUCCGCACUCAGCAUCUCUAC